GCCAGCCGCACCAAUGUGUCGGAGGAAACACCGUGCACCUGGCAACCUUGGUUAGCGCGCGCUGCGCCCGGCCCGCCACAGGAGUCGCUGGUGUGCGAUGAUACAAUGACAUCCCUACCGACCAAACCCUACCUAACCCGGACGACGCUGGGCCAAUUGUGCGUGGCCCCGGUUGCGGCCGGCUGCGACAGAGCCUGGGCGCGAACCCAGAGUCUCUGGUGGCACAGCUAGCGCUGCGAUGCAGUGCCCUAGACCACUGUGCCACCCGGGAGGCCAGGUUUAGGGUUUUUAAGGGUUUGUCCCAAGUGGCACCCUAUUCCCCAUAGGGUUCUUGUCAAAAGUAGUGCACUACAUGGGGAAUAUGGUGUCAUUUGGGACUCAACCAUUUGUUUGACCAGCCAGCCAUCCUCUGAAGGUUUAAGGUAUCUAACUCCUCCCCUCAGGUAUCGGUCGAAUGCAGUCCAAGUCUCUGGGGAACCUGUCCAGUCUGAGCUAUGAGGACCUCUCCCUGCCCCGUGGUUGGACGGUAGACUGGACCAUCCGAGGCAGGAAGUACUACAUCGACCACAACACCAACACCACCCACUGGUCCCACCCCCUGGAGAGAGAGGGUCUGCCCCCUGGCUGGGAGAAGGUGGAGUCAGCCGAGUUUGGACCCUACUACGUGGACCACGUCAACAAGAGGGCUCAGUAUAGACACCCCUGUGCUCCUAGCGUGCUCCAAUAUGACCAGCCCCCUCCCGUUGUAUACCGGCCUCGCCCAGCCGAGCGGGACCAUCCGGUACUGGUACCAGCCAACCCCUACCACACGGCAGAGAUCCCUGACUGGCUACAGGUGUAUGCCCGCGCCCCACUCAAGUAUGACCACUUCCUGAAGUGGGCGCUGUUCCAGCUGGUGGAUCUGGACACAUACCAGGGCAUGUUGAAGCUGCUCUUCAUGAAGGAACUGGAGCGCAUCGUCAAGUCCUACGAGGCCUACCGUCAGGCCCUGCUGUCUGAGGUGGACCAAAGGAAACCGCGGUAACAGUGGUACACUCAGGGGCCCAGCAGCACUCUGGGCCCAGGAGCACUCGGGCCCAGGAGCAGCCGGACAAUAACUUCACAGGGAAGUAGGCCCUAUUCACUAGGAAGCAAACAAGACAAAAUG